AUGUGUGACCAGACGUUUGCUGCUGCGACCUUCGGGCCGUGUGAAAAAUGCCAGGAAGUCGGGCCAUUGCGGAACCUUUACAUCGACACAGAGCAGAUCAACUUUUGCUCACUGUGUGUCGAAAUGAUGGCAACCGAGGGGCUGCAGGAGAAUGAGUCCGUGUCGUCGCUAAGGGAGGAAGCAGAGACGCUGAAGGGGAAACUGGAAGAGGAGAGAGCGAAGCUUCAUGAUGUGGAGCUUCACCAGGUGGCUGAGCGAACAGAGGCACUUGGACAGUUUGUGAUGAAGACAAGACGGACUCUAAAAGGCCAUGGAAACAAAGUGCUGUGCAUGGACUGGUGCCGAGACAAGAGAAGAAUUGUCAGUUCCUCCCAGGAUGGAAAGGUUAUUGUGUGGGAUGCUUUCACAACCAACAAGGAACACGCAGUGACCAUGCCCUGUACCUGGGUGAUGGCAUGUGCCUAUGCCCCGUCAGGCUGCGCUGUUGCAUGUGGUGGCUUGGACAACAAGUGCUCCGUGUACCCACUGACUUUUGAUAAAAAUGAGAGUAUGGCGGCCAAGAAGAAAUCUGUUGCGAUGCACACAAACUACUUGUCUGCCUGCAGCUUCACUAAUUCAGACAUGCAGAUCCUGACAUCGAGUGGUGAUGGAACCUGUGCCCUUUGGGAUGUUGAGAGCGGACAACUGCUUCAGAGCUUUCAUGGGCAUGGCGCAGAUGUCCUUUGCCUUGACUUGGCCCCAUCUGAGACCGGCCAUACAUUUGUGUCAGGGGGCUGUGAUAAGAAAGCAAUGGUUUGGGACAUGCGCUCUGGUCAGUGUAUCCAGUCCUUUGAAACUCAUGAAUCUGAUAUAAACAGUGUUAGGUAUUUCCCCAGUGGUGAUGCUUUUGCUUCUGGUUCAGAUGAUGCCACGUGUCGUCUGUAUGAUCUCCGUGCAGACAGAGAAGUAGCCAUCUACUCAAAGGACAGUAUUAUCUUUGGUGCCUCCAGUGUAGACUUUUCACUGAGUGGUCGCCUCUUGUUUGCUGGUUACAACGAUUACACCAUCAAUGUGUGGGAUGUAUUGAAAGGAACACGAGUGUCAAUCCUGUUUGGACAUGAGAAUCGGGUCAGCACUUUGCGAGUUUCCCCUGAUGGCACUGCUUUCUGCUCAGGAUCGUGGGAUCAUACUCUGAGGAUUUGGGCUUAAAGUUUCUUGAACUUGAUCACCCAAUCUUCAAUAAAGUUUCCACUCUAGGAUUUCGUGGUGUUACUAAUUUGAUGGCUUGACUCCUAGAUCUUGUCUGUUAUAGGAAAUGUGAAAAUAUUUUGGGUUUGUGACAUAUAACCAAGUCUGUAAUGACAAUCUAAUAAUUUAAGAGUUCUAGUAGAAGAUUAGAGAAUUAUUAUUUUGGUACCGUCAUUCAAUUCAACCUAGAGCAAAUAAAAUGUUUUCAAAAUAGUUUCUGCCUUUUCCAAAUGUUAUUCAGUAAUAAGUUCCCCCACUUUCUGGCCAUUUGUAAGUUGUUCUUUAAUUUGCACAUUUACAUCAAAACUUUAAUGUUUCCAUGCAGGGUGGGUGAGUUCAAAACUAGAGGACAUAUUUUUAAGGUGAGAGGAGAAAGAUUUAAAAGAGGCCUGAGGGGCAACCUUUUCACUGGUUCAUACAUGGAAUGAACUGCCAGAGAAGUGGUAGAUGCAGGUACAGUUAGAACAGUUAAAAGACAUUUGGGUAGGAACAUGAAUAGGAACGUUUUAGAGGUAUAUGGGCAAAUGCAGGCAAGUGGGAACUAGUUUGGGAAACUUGCUCAGCGUGGGUGAUUUAGACUGAGGGGUUGUUUCUGUGUUAUAUGAUUCUUUCAGCAAACCCUUCAAAUCAGAAUGAUUUAAUCUGUGGGGCAUUUUUUGUAGCUUUCUUUGGUCAAAUUGUUGAUUGCACUGGGGGAAGAGACCCUCUAAAGAAUUGUUACAAAGAAUUGUUUAUAUUAUGUGUUUAAUAAGAACUAUAUGUGAAAAUUUAUGGUGUGAUGGUGAAUGAACUGGAUAAUGAACAGUGUAGAGGAUCUAUUUAAGCUAGAUAAUAUGUAUGUGAUAUAUACAGUAAUUUGAAUUGUGCAGAAUAGGUACACUAUUUAUCGAUGGCAAAGUUCCCUUUUGUUUAAAAUUCGGCAUGCCCAUUUUGACAGCAUAAUUUUUUUUACAGAAUUGUAAAAUAAUAUUUAAUAGCAGAUGUCAAAUCUGUAGUAGGUCUAUAGACAAUGACUGUUUGACAACAUUGAAUAUUGCAGCAGGACUAACCUAAGCAUAAAGUGUUUGAAGUGGUAAAUUGUAAAAUUCAAUCAAUGUAAUCCAAUGCAGUAGAUUUAAAUGCACUGUGAACUUUUGAAGAUUUCAAUUCACUUGGUAAGAAGUGCAAUACUAUGUUACAAUACUACUGGGGUCUAGGCAAAAAGUAAAGCUCUCUGACUCUUUGUAGGGUCCUUGUUAAAGCAUUUCUUUUCUGUAGAACCAGUAUACAAUUUUGGUUUUGUUUACUGUACUUGUUUGUGUAUAUUUAAACAGUUCCUUUGGUGAAAAUUUGUGUAAAUC